AUGCAAAUAUUAGAAUCUAAAGUACUCAAUGCCAUACAGCGAGCACAAUACAAGCAAUUGGCAUUAUACAUUCGUCAUAGAUAUAAACUGAAUUUCGUCACCGAAGAUGGGCGAAAUGGUUUAUUUUAUGCACUGGAUAUAGCUGAUGCUCAUCAACGUCAGAAAAUGAUCAAAUUUUGUUUAGAUCAUGGAAUUGACCCAUUGCAGAAAGAAACGAGCAGUGGUUUCACACCUUUACACGAAGCGAUAUCUCGACAACAAGUGGAAUCAGUUCAACUUUUACUUGCUAAUGUUAGUGGAGAAAUUAACUGGCGUGAAUUCGAUACCCAAGGUCGAACAAUUUUACAUCUAGCGGUUGAAGCGAAUAGUGUUCCUAUACUUGAUGCCUUACUUAAUGUGAUGAAUCACUAUGGAGUAUCAGUUGAUAUUCCCGAUAGGAAUGGUUUAACACCAUACCUAUUAGCAAUCAAACUUCAUUUACGUGACAUGGUUCAAAUACUUUUAAGAAAAGGGCAUGCAAGUCGACGACAAUGCGACUUACCUACCCAUCGUAGUGCAAACGAUUGGGAAAUUGCAGGCAUUGAAGAUCAUUCACUACUCGUUCGUGAUAAACUCCAACACGAGAUCAACAAUGCGAUGAACGAAGGAAAAAUCAGCAAAGCUAGACAACUGAAACAGAUUUAUGACACACAAUUAAUUCCAUCUAAAGCUGAAUCAAUCCCACGCCGAAGUACUUUCUUAUCCCCAUCAAUAACGUCUGGCUUGAAUGUGAAAUCGCGAACGUCCAUCAGUGAAAUGAUCGAUCAAUUGCCGGAAGGUGACAUACCUGAUUCUUAUGUAAAAAGUGAACAAGCUUCUCAAACAUUUCAUUUAACACAAAAUCCAUCCGGUACACUAUCUGCCUCAUCACUUCUGCCUUCAAUAUCGACAACACGACGGUACCGACCAACACUAACUGUCAACGCACUUGUGGAUUUAUUUCAGGUAGCUGCCGAACAGUGUGCUCCAGCUUAUCGCCCAUCGCAUAAAACUAUUAUGAACAAAGCAUUGGAGCAGCAGGCACGUCAAAAACAAUUGUCUCAAACUCAUCGUAGUACACUUGCAACGCUGAACGAAGUUUCGCAUCCAUCAUCUACGCUCGGGUAUCGGCGUUCUGUGCAUAUUUCAAAACGUUAA